AUGAGCUUCGGUUAUGGCAUUCAUGAUUGGUUAAGUCAUCCACAACCUGGUGAUCGGUGUUCGCUCAAUUUGAAUGCAAAAAAAGCAAUUCUUGCCUUUUUAUCAUUUUUGUUACUUUUGUUUCUUUCAAUAUUCGAAUAUUUCUUCAUCGACAAAUUUUUACUGGUAUUCCCACCUCCAUUGGUUCAUGCUAUUUUAUUCUUGUUUGAAUUGCUGUCGUUUCUUCUUUUUAUUCAUUCAUUAUUCAAUGAAAAACCAGCUUUAUCACUUCCUUUUUGUAUAACACAGAUAAUCAGAUCAUUAGUUUUAUUUGGUGUAAUCAUUUACUAUAUAAUCGAUGUGUUUCAAGAGGAAAAAAUGCCAAUCGAACAUCGGAACAACAAUCAAAUAAAAUGGACAGCAAAAUUGGUUGGUCAUCUUUUCUUUGUAUUAAUGGGGCAUAUAUUUCUUUUUUACAUUGGAUAUUCUACUUACAAGAUUUUCUCAAAUGUGUAUCGAGGGCCUUCAUUGAGAAAAGAAAUGAAUGAAAGAAUAUCUUAUGAAUAUCCAACACCCGCCUGUGGCACGGAUAACGGAUGUCCGCGGGGAAAUCCGGGUCGACCUGGUCUACCCGGGCUGAAUGGAUUUCCUGGAUUCCCUGGGCAGAUUGGAGAAAUCGGAUUACCUGGCAUGGAGAUCGACUACAAGUUAGCCUAUAAACCGGGUUGUCGAGUAUGUCCUGGUGGGAUGAGAGGGCCUCCGGGUAUUCAUGGAGAUCGAGGACCACCUGGAAGAAGGGGACUCGACGGCCCUUCAGGCCUUUACGGUCGACCGGGAGAAGUGGGCAGAACAGGAUUAGAUGGAAUAUCUGGAAUUCCUGGAAUGCCAGGGAAAGAUGGCGAACCAGGUGAACAAGGCAGUGAGGGAUCAUUGGGAGAAAAGGGCCCAAAGGGGGUGCCGGGACCUCCUGGACCACCUGGACCUAAAGGAAACUCUGGAUUCCCGGGAAUACCUGUAGGUAAUUCUGGUGAUGAGGGCCCACCAGGAUUUGAUGGAAUUGAUGGAGAUCCUGGCAAUCCGGGUUUUGAUGGAUUCCCAGGUGAUGACGGAGUUAGGGGACCACCAGGCAAUGAUGCAACAUAUUGUCGAUGUCCUGAUAGAAGAUCA